AAGAAUUUCUCUCUAUAGUCAGAUGGUUCCGGUAUGGAAGCAUGGUCUGCGUGUGGAGAUGGAGCCCCACACUGCGACGGCGGCGUUUGCCUCGGCCUUCAGCCGCUGUGGCUGCCCUGUUCGUCUGGGUCGCACUGCGCAUGUUGGGCGUCGGCUUUGUAAGUGGGCGACUUCACUCGACGUGGUCACGGACGGCACGUGCCGUCCAGUUCGAUGAUAAGAUCAACUUGCCGACUCCCAGACCGAUCCACGAUCCCUCCGAAGCAGGAGACUGGGAAGAAGGUGGUAAGGCCGCUGAAGGGCCCGACGACGGUUUGCCGCGUUGGUUUCUGGAAUUAAACGUAGCAGGAUUUGAGCCCGACCUGAAGUUCUACGGCAAAUUCAUCCAAGAGGCCGCCACUCGAGGGGACCUCCGGGCUGCGGAGCGAUGGCUUCAGAAUGCCAAGCGAGCCCAAGUCGAACCCGAUGGAGACAUUUACCGCUUCCUUUGCCUGGCGGCCUCCAAGUCCGACCUGGCGGCAGCUGCGAAGUACGGGACCAAAGCGUCCCAGUUGGGAACCCAACUUGACCAGUCCCUGCUAGCCUCGCUGCUUUCCCAGGCCGUGGACGAAAACCAACUGCCUUUGGUGGAAGCCUUCGCGUCGCUUUUGUCUCCGUCGAACGAUCCGUCGAACGUCAGCGUCUACGAGUCGGUGCUGCGGGCCGCGGCGGCGCAGCGCGACUUCCACGCGGCCGACAGGUGGCUCCGAAGGGCAGAGGAAGAACGUGUGGCUUUGGGGCUCCAGGUGGUGGUGGCAUUGAUGGAUGCUGCAGCGUGUGAAGGAAAUCUCACCAUGGCCGAGGCCUUCUUCAAGUAUGCGAAAGACAGCGGAAUUCAACAUGAGAUGCUGAACUGCAAAAGGUGAACUCUCAGGGUGGUGAACGUGUUUUUCUUCUUCGCACCCUCCGCAUCUGCAGUUGUGUUUUUAUGCGGUUUCUCCCAGGUUUUUCUCGGCAAAGGUGAGGGAUGUUUUUCAUGGCAUUGCACGGCAUUCGUUCUCACUGUUUUGAAUCUGCAAGUCUUGAUCAAUGCUGUCACGAAGGAUGGCAUCCUACAAUAUCCUCA